AUGCAAUUUGGGCAUUAUAGGUCUCUACGUUUCCUAGUGCUUGUGACAGCCUAUCUUCUUGUUUUAUCGGUGGACAAGAGCAGUGGUAGCGGCAACAGCAAAAAUUCUGGAAUCCCCGAUGACGAGUCAACGAAAUCAUUACUCCUUGCCGGUGAUGCCGCAUUACGUCAGGGUCGCAGUCAUUACCAGGAAGCACUCGCAAAAUACACGGAAGCAAUUACUCAUAAUCCUAAAAGUCUUCGUGGUCUCUAUAGUCGAGCUGAACUGUUAUCCAUGAUGCGUCAGCGUGAGCCAUGUAUGCAAGAUUUAAAUCAACUCCUUGAAUUGGAUAAGCAACACCAUCGUGGUUUAGCCCUUCGUGCAUCCCUUUAUGCGCAGUCUGGACACCUGCAGGAGGCUAUUCGUGAUGUGGAGACUCUUAUUCCUGUAUUGGAUGGCAUGAAGAAGACCCAAAAGGCGGCGGAGUACCGUUCCAAAUUGGAUCAACUCCGACGCUACGUCUCCACUUGGCCGCCGCUGCAGCGAAAACUGGAGUCGGCGCAGCACGGCGGGUCCCCGCUGACGCCGGCGGAGUACCGCACGUGUGUGACGGUGCUGCACGAGAUGAUCCGCGAUCUCGCGCGCGACAACAACGAACUGCGGCUGCAGCGGGCGAAAUGCGCCCUCGCGUGUGGCGACAACGCCGCGGCGUCGGAGGAACUCAAAGCGGUCGUGCGGCGCGACCCGCAGAAUCUCGAGGCGGUGGCCCUCGCGGCGCGGGCACUGCGGGCUCUCGGCGCCCUCGAGGCGGCCCGCGCGGAGUUGCGCCGGUGUCUCUCCCUCGACCCCGAGCACGCGGCGUGUGCGGCCGGCCUGCGGGGCGUGCGGGAACAACAGCGGCUCCUCACAGACGUCGCGGCGGCCAUCAGUGCGGGCGACUUUGCCGCCGCCGGGAAGCACGUGGAGGCGGCGGAGAAACUCGCAGAGGAGGAGGCCCGCGGGUUAGGUAUCCCACCCACACAAACCACCAAUAAAGGAAAGGGAGAAGGCGAUGGCAUGGUGGGGGAUACCGCACUGCGGGAACAAAUACGCCGCUGGCGCUGCGAUGUAGCGGUGGGUCGCCGCGAUACGAAAGAAGGCCACAAAGCCUGCGAUGCCGUACUUGAGCGAUUAGGCAGUGAUAGCCCUGCAGCCGCAGAUGUGCUAUUGCAGAAGGUGGAGCUUUACCUCAUGGAAGACGAUUUAGCUGCCGCAGAGGAAUACCUCGGGCGGGUACAGAAACUCCAGUCCGGUCACCCACGACUGCAGGAGUACUUGAGAAAGUUAGAGAAACUUAAACGCUCUGCCGGGCGUAAGGAUUACUAUAAAAUAUUAGGUGUCAAGAAAACGGCAGACGCAGCGGAGAUACGUCGCGCCUACCGUCAUCUGGCAAAGACUCUUCACCCUGAUAAACUUCGUUCGCAGAAUCUCUCACCCCAAGAGCGACAAAAAGCAGAUGAACGCUUCCGUAACAUUAAUGAAGCAAAGGAGAUUCUGUUGGAUGAUGAAAAACGCGCACGCUAUGACAAUGGUGAGGAUCCAACGAAACCUCCUGGACAAGGUGAAGAAGGUCACCCAUUCUACGGUCACCCAUUCUCAUUCCAUGGUAAUCCAUUUGGUCAAGGAGGUCCAUUUGGUCAAGGUGGGGGGCACCAACAGUUCUUCUUCCGCUUUGGCUAA